GAGCGUAACACCCAAUCAAACAAGACUUCAGUUUCAAACGAGAGCCGAUAGUUCCUUCUGUCUUAAACGGAAAAAACCACAACACCAUCACAACCAGCCCCAGCUCCGCUCGAGGCUCGACUGUAAGAGACCUGUUUUAUCAGCCAGUCGGUUGUUUAUGAGCGUCCGCUGCCUCUCGUCGACAGCUGUUUCAUGGGAACCCAGGAGGGAGAGAGAGAUUGGGUAGAUGUGGCAAAUGAUCUCUUCACCAAGUGUCACAUGAACCUGAGGCUGAGGCACCUGACGGACUGUGAUGCCAAUGUGUUCAGUGCCCUGUAUGAGAACAUCUUUGGGGAGAAAGUUCCAGAUUAUAUCGCAGCACCUUGCAGUCAAGAGGAUGACAUCCACAACAUUCAGUCUGUGAUUGAUUCACUGUCUCUGGAUUACCUUCAGAUCAGUCUAUCACACAUUACAGGAGAAAAUGUUGUCAGAGGAGACAAAGAGUCAAUCAAGAACCUCCUGGAAAUCUUUGAUGGCCUCCUGGAAUACCUCAAUGUGGAGAUAAGCGGGGACUCACUGAAUGGUGAGGAACUGAGUAACGGUCUCAAUGAGUUGGUCCUCGGUGAAACCAAGGAGUCAGCAAGUUGCGAUGCCACCGAGCACAAGGAGACUAAAAGGGAGGGAACAUCUUUGUCUUCCUCUGUAGAUUCGGCUGCCCAGUCCAGUAAACAUUCCUUCCAUUCCUGGAACGCUGAGGAGAUUGGAUCAGCCAGUGAGCUCAUUGGACUGGGAGUCUCUGCUCGCACGUUUACUGGAAAACAAGAAGGACUGGCUGACCCUGCGCAGACCUCCGACCCAGUCACCACCUCUGGUCCUCUGGAUGCCCAGGAUGCUCCACUGACUGAACCGCUGCACUUAGCCAUCGCUCUGCAGCCACCCAACCAGAGCAACACUCCCCACACACCUGACAAAGACCCACACACACACAUCCAGCCCCCCAAACCUGCUGGGCUCAGCCGGGGGGACACAGAGGAAGAUGCUGUCACGGCAGAGAUCCCUGAACUGGUAGCCGAGGCUGUUGUUAGCGAUAGACCACAGUCGCCUCCCCCCUGCCGGUCUUCUGCUGUAAGUGAGAAGUCUUUGUCCAGUCAACAAAGAACCAGGACAGAAGUGGACGGGGAGACACUGGAGCCCACUAAUGGAGGCCCCCGGAGGGUUUUAUUCCGCACCCAGCCAGAUGUGCUCUUCCUUACGCUGCAGGAGGAGACGGCCCCCACUACCCCUUCCCCACCAGACACUGAAGAGCAAGAUCAAGAUGAGGAGGAUCUGAGUUAUAUACCAAGACUACAGGGCAGAAGAAUAUAUCAGAGGGAAAGGACAGACCUCAGUCACCGGUUACAGGAGGGUUUUGAGGAACCUCUGUCUUAUCGCAGACAAAGGAACAGGAAAGCAGAAGAGGAGCUGCAUCACAUAUCCGAAAAUCUGUCCUAUCGACUUGAAGAACUCGACGAGAUGCUUAAACGAGUCCUGGGAGAAAGUGGCGAGUCCAGUGAGCUCAGGGAAGAGGACAAGCAGUCCCACCACAGCGACAGCAUCAUGGAGUGUCGCAAGACUCCCAGACAACACACAGAUUCAGGAACAACCGACGUGGAAUCCACACACCGCACACGCUCCUUGUCCCCCUCCCCUCCACGGGUCCAUUGCCCCCUGCAAGGACAGUUAGAAAAUGCCAUGGCAGAGGCCUUGAGCCUGGAUGAUGGGAGACAGACGAACCUCACAGCUUCUGGUCAGUCAAGGCGAGGACAGCUACGUCACCGACUGUCUCACAGAAAACAUAGCAAGUAUCUGGAGAAUCAGGCCUAUGAGGAGGAGUUGAAACGAUAUGAAGACAAAGAACGGGCAGAUCUAAGCAAGGCGCGUCUGAAAGCUCAGGAAGCCGAGCAAGAGUACCGCGAGGCCAUAUUGAAGGAUGUUCCACAAGCCCCCCGACUGUCCCCAGUUAGAAUGAAGACCCAGCACAAAUCACAACGGAACACACAAACAGCACCAGGAUGGAGAAGGCAGGACGCUCCCAGGAAAACACAGAUGAAGGUGAAGGAGAAUGAACUCCUCCCUGUGCUCCUGGAGGAGUUGCCCCACCUUCACGUUUCUCCCCAUGCUCUGGGCAGAAUGUGGGAGCAGCAGAUGCAGCAAGUGGACAGACUCCACGCCAUGUCAUCCUCGCAUAGCCACCAGCGUCGCAGCAAACUCUCCGGCAAGGUGGAGGAAGCGCAGAGGAAACAUGACCUGCUGGUGGAUAUAGUCCGGAAAGAUCAGGACCACAGCAGGCGUCUGAGGGACUUCAAAGAGCGUAUCCAGCAACAGAAGUCGACACAAAGCAGACUGAGAGAACAGAGGCAGCAGAUCGCCCGCGCCAAGAAGUACCACAACGACUACCACGUGCAACACCGUGCUCGUCUGAUGAGGGCACGCACCAAGGAGGAGAGGAUGUUUCGGAACAUGUUUGAGGAGGUUUUAGAGCUGCAGAAAGUCCGGCUGAGGGAACAGAGAGCCUACGUCAAGGAGCAGCGACUGGAGCAUCAGAGACAACACCAGGACCACAUCAAGUCAAUGGAGAACUACUACAAAGACCAAUUUUCACUACUGGCUGAAAAACUUGCAGAAGAGCGACAGGACAUCCUUGUUCGGAAAAACGCUCAAGAAAAGGCCCUGCUGAAGAUGAAGAGAGAGCUGCGCUCCAAGAUGGAGCGUGAGAUUGGCGAAUUGCAGAAAAUCAUCAUCCAGAACAAUGAGGACGACUUCAUCCAGGAUCUGGAGGUCCAGAGGCUGCGGAAUCGGGUCCACGUGGCUUCAUUCCAGCACAACACUAGUUAUCUUCAUUGAUGAGGGAAGCGGGGCUGUGGAUGAAGAUCCCCUCGAUCAAGGCCGGAUUUAUAUCAUAUGAACAUGCAAGAGUCUGUCUCUGCCUUUCACAACCGAGGAUAACGGCUUAUUGACUGAACAGUACAGUACCAUGACCUCGGGCAUCUUCAUUUACAGAUUUGCACGGGUGAACUUGUACGAGUCCUGAUUAAUAAUGAACUGAACACUUCAACAAAAUGUAGCUACUAACUCUUCCUCUCACAUCAGCUGCUACUCUUGAACCUUGAAGACACCUUGGACCAAGUCCCCUUCUCUUCCAUGGAUUUAGUUCUUGGUAACUAAGAAUGUUUUUAAAGUGGUCCCUCACUGUGUGUGUGUGUGUGUGUGUGUGUGUGUGUGUGUGUGUGUGUGUGUGUGUGUGUGUGUGUGUGUGUGUGUGUGUGUGUGUGUGUGUGUGUGUGUGUGUGUGUGUGUGUGUGUGUGUGUGUGUGUGUGUGUGUGUGUGUGUGUGUGUGUGUGUGUGUGUGUGUGUGCUGUUAUAGUAGCAAAAAAAUCUGUAAACAGUUUCUUCCUCUUGCCAUCUAGCGACCACCAAUGCAAAGUUAGUAUGAAUGUGACCAACAAGAUUAUUAACUUCCUUUUUUUCCUUUCAUGUGCUAUGUCUUCCUUUAAUAUUUCAGCCAUGCCAGCAAAUUAAUUAUUUAUUUUUUAACUUUAAUGUCGUUUGAUUUUAGUUCACCUGGUUUUGCUUUUUCAUCACCGGGGGCGAUGAUAAUCAGUCCUUCGUGACGUCUCCUCGGCUCUGUUGAUUGUUUUUAACUCACAGGCCUAAACAUACUUUUGGACCAAGAUGCCAACGGUUGUAAUCAUGUUGUUGAAACACUGUCCACUCAUAACUGUGCAAUGUAUCGAAUGAGCACACAGAUGUCCUGUCAUCCUUCAUUAAAUAUGUGGCUCUCU